UCUUGGUUCUUGGCAGGGGCGAGCUCUCCCAGCACAUUCUGAAUUCGCUUCAGUGUGCCACUGCGCGCGAAUCGGCGCUGGCUGUGCGUAAACAUUCGAAUUUUAAUAACAUAGUCGAAUGAUAUCGCUUUUUUCGUCGUGCAGUUGAAAAAUAUGAUAUUGUAAUAAAUAAUAUUGAACAAGUGCAAUAUUGUGCUACGUUUUCGUUACGAUUUGUUGACACAUUUUUGUACUUUGCGUACUUAUUGAAUUUUUGUGAAAUUGUCAGUGAAAAUAAAGCCGGAUAAAAAUGGAUCUGGAGUUUAGAAAUCUGACGUACACAGUACACAGCCGGAUUUUGAGAGGCACAUCUCGUCAAGUUGUCAAAGGCGUAAAUGGCAAAUUUAUGUCUGGGCAGCUGGUGGCGAUCAUGGGACCCUCUGGUGCCGGCAAAAGUUCACUCCUCAACGCAAUAUCUGGUUACAGGUCAGCUGGUGUGACAGGCGAGCUCCUAGUGAAUGGGGAACCACGAGACGAGCAGCUAUUCCAAAAGUCCUCAUGUUAUAUAACACAGGAGGAUCUAUUGCAGCCGCUGCUAACAGUGCGUGAAGCGAUGGAUGUCGCCGCGAGCCUCAAACUGCCGAAGGGCGCGAAGGCACCAUCCGAAGAGAUACUGCAAGAGCUAGGCCUGUUGGAACAUCAGCAUACAAGGACCGAUAUGCUGUCAGGAGGACAGAAGAAAAGGUUAUCAAUAGCCCUGGAGUUGGUGAACAACCCACCAGUGUUCUUCCUCGACGAGCCAACCAGUGGUUUGGAUAAUGUCACCACCAUGCAGUGUGUGAAGUUAUUGAAGCAGUUGGCAAGGCAGGGAAGGACUGUGGUCUGCACUAUUCAUCAACCCGCCGCGUCUCUCUUUGAGCUGUUUGACCAGGCGUACAUAAUCGCAGAUGGUCUCUGCAUCUACCAAGGUGACACGGACGCUAUGGUUCCCCACCUUUCAACACUGGGUUUGGUAUGCCCGCGACACCAUAAUCCAGCAGAUUUCAUAAUCGAAUUAACGGAACAUCAGCAAUACAUAAAAGUAUUAUCAGAAGAAAUACUCAAUGGAACAAUGUAUAAAUCAGCCAAAAUAGACAGUACCACCCACGAACCAGUCAAUAACAUGCAAUUGAAAAUCUGCUAUCAGGCUGACGACAAUUUAAUGGAAACAGAAUUAGUAGUGUCCAAUGAAAAGUGCUCGUUUAAUAUGAAAGAAUACACAGCAGUAGCAGUUAGUACUUCAUCAACAACAUUAGCAAGCAAAAUGUCAAGGGAAGAUUCGUCGAUAGCGUGGAUGAAAAUGCAGAAGACAGAAGCAAGAGGCUACCCUACUACGUAUUUUGAACAGUUCACGAUACUACUUACUAGAAUGUUGCUGCAAAUAUCAAGAAAUCGACAAGCACUAUGGAUCCAAAGCAUACACCACAUCGGAUGCGCGGUGCUUGUCGGCGUCUGCUUCUUCAACAUGGCGAACGACGGCACCCAAAUGUUCAACCAUUUGAAAAUGUGCGUCGGUCUUGUUAUCUUCUUCGUGUACACGCAAAUCAUGGUUCCCGUGUUAGUGUAUCCGCAAGAAGUGAAACUAGUGAAAAAGGAACAUUUCAACGGCUGGUACAACCUAGUUCCAUACUACGCAGCGCUCACAGUAUCGAAGUUGCCAGUACAAGUAUCACUGAACGUGAUCUUCUGUAGUAUUGUGUACUUUAUGGUCGGCGUGCCGUUCGCGUAUGACAGAUAUCUGACGUUCUGUCUCACUGGCAACAUUGUGUCUCUGGUGUCGGAAGGCGUGGGAAUGGCUAUUGGAUCGGUGUUCAGUGUGCGGAACGGCUGCGCAAUCGGCCCAGCCGCCAUUGCUCCUUUCCUCGGCCUGGCCAUCUACGGCUUCGACUUCGCGCACCGCAUCCCACUUCUGAUGAACAUCAUUAUGAAAACAUCCUUCAUUCGAUGCGGCGUCGUUGCCAUGGUCCUAACCAUUUUCGGCUUCGGAAGACAACCUCUAGAAUGCAGCGAUGUCUACUGCCAUUUCGCCAAACCAGAUGUCCUAUUAAAAUAUCUAGACAUCGAAAACAACUCAGUCUGGUUCGAAAUCCUCAUAAUGGUCAUCAUCAUGCUCUCCGUCAGAUUUCUCUGCUUCAUGGGCUUGAGAUGGCGAUUCGCGACAUGAUUGGUCAAUUAAUUCGUGAACAUUCAAUGUAAAAACAAACAUUCAAUGUGAUAUUCAAUAUUCCCCGGUACUGCUAGUACAACGAUAUGUGAUAACUGAUAACGUUAUAUUCAAAUAAUUUAUAGUUACGUCGUGAUCAGAUGCAUUUUUUCAAACAGGAAUUUGUGUAGCCAAAGAAGUCCUGUAUGUAUAGGCGUAUGACUGAUUUAUAGUUUAGACAUUGAAAUAGCCAUAUUUCUAAUUAAAUCGACCAUUUAUUGUGUAAUUGGUUGCGUUUUCUUGAUAGGUGGCUCUUAUCACUCCUUCAAAUAAUGUGUAACGUAUCUUAUACAAUAUUUGUGUGCUCGUACUUGCCCAGUGUUGAAACUGUGUUUUGUGUACUUACUUUAUUUAUUAGUAAAUAUAAUUAAAACAUUACUAUAGCCAUAGCUCGUUCACUUAUGGUGUCUACUUUUUUCUCUUUUUUUUGGAGUUUUACAAACAUAAAAUGGAAUAAUUUGCAGUAUUCUAUUUUUGUUGUCAUAAAUUAACUGGUGAAGGUAGUUUGAAAUAUUCAACUUACCUAAGAAGUUAAUAUUUUACCUAGGACUAAUUCCGCGGAACAAAAAGACAGAAAUAACUGUUAUUACUUGGUACAAAUUCCAUAAAUUAGUAUUAUUUCCUAUAAUAAUAUCAAAAAUUCCUAACGAUAAUAUCAAAAUUUGAAGAUGUGAAAACUUUUACAAUUAAGUAGGUAACAUUGCCAAUAAUUAUUAUAAUACUGAUAAUGCGCAUUGAGUUCAUUGUUUUCAACAUAAAAAAUUGUCUUUUGUUUUCAAAAUUAUAAGAAAAUAUAUUGUGAUAUUACUCAUGUAACAGAGAAUAUUGUAAAUGUAUGAAAAUUUAUUAAAUUCCAAACAUUGUCAAUUUAAUAGUCCUCAUCAAAUUACCAGUUAACUGCAUAACUAUGUUUAGAUAUUUAUUGAUAGAUAUAAUAAGUGUAAAUAUAUAUAAGAGGUAUUUAACGGUAGUGAUAUUAUAUACAUUUCGUUUUAGCAUUUGAUUUGGGGCCGAUUUUUCAAUCGCUAUUUAAAGCUUACCCGUCAAAGUAUUACACAAUAAUAUUAAAAUGUCACCUGUAAACAGUUAAAUACGGGCAAUUAGAAUUCAUUUUGAAAUGAUAGUUUAAUACAUUAUUCGACGAACAAGUUUUAACUAAGGAUUGAAAAAUCAGCCCUUAAAUGAAUGUAGUAUAAUAAGCAUGUAGUUAUAAAAUAUAUUACAGGUAUGUAGGAACUUUAUACUUUUUUAAUAAAGGAAAAAAAUAACUUAUAA